CGCUGCGCGCCGCACGCCGGCUCUUCUCUCCCUCGCCGCGCCUCGCCCGCAGCGCAUCGGCCUUCACGCUUGGCACGGUGGUGCGGCGCUUGGCCCAGCCACACCUGCGCUGCCUGCCGCUGCUCUGCAGCUCGGGACGAUCCCGGCGCCGCCGCCAUGCCGCGCCCGGCACAGGGGCAGCUCUGUGCCGCCGCGGGCGUCUCACAAAGUGGCCCAGGGCCCUCGAGAGAAGUUCUGCCUGGGUGCUGCCUCUCGGUACGGCGUGCCUGCGUCUGAGAUGCGGACAGGCGGCCGGCCGAGAGCGCGUGAUCUACAGUGCCGACGCCGCGCCGCGGCGGCGCGCGACGCCUUGUCCGCUCAAGUAUAGCCCUCUCACAGCGACUCGCAUCGACGCGCACCUCUCUCCCCCACCCCUCACACCAUGAAGCUGCCGUCCGCCUGCUCCUGGCUGGCCCUGCUCAGCGCGGCGCACGCGGCCAUCGCCGCCGUCGGCCCGCUGGCGCACGACGACCCGCUGCUGAACCGCAGCGCCGUGCACGCGCGCAACGCCGCCUGCGCGACGCAGAACCAGUGCGACGGCCCGCGCAUGGCGCGCCGCCGAGCCAACGCACUCCAGGCACGCUCGGGGCUCGUGAGCCGCGACCAGCGAAACAAUCCGGACAAUGUCUUUGACAGUGCGCACUGGAACCGCCUCUCGUACCAGAACCCCAACGGCGGCUCGUGGCAGCAGAUCUACGACUGCGUCUUUGCCGGCUACAGCCACCACGUGUCCAGCACCAACGGAGACAGUGUCACCGUGUAUUUCAGCGGCACGGGCUUCAACCUCAUCGGCGAGGCGCGCAGCAGCGGCGGCGUGGGCCAGGUGUGGGUCGACGACAAGGUUGUGGCGCUGUACGACAGCUACGCGCCGUACGGGCGCCCGCAGUACAACCUGCUCACCAUCGACGGCCUCUCCGACGGCGGCCACAAGCUCGUGCUGAAGAACAACCUCAUCAAGGGCGGGCCCAACGGCGUCGGCGGCGGCACCACCAUCUCGUUUGACGCGCUCGAGGUGACGCGCACGACCGGCGAGCCGGCGUGGACGGGCAUCCCCAUCACGGCCGCCAAGCGCGUCGGCUCGCGCUGGGGCGCCUGGGUCAAGGGCGACAUUUCCAGCGCGCUCUGGUCGACGUGGGGCGCGGGCGACUACGCCCAGUUCACCUUCACGGGCACGGGCUUCCGCGUCUUCACGGCAGGCAAGUCGGACGGCGUGUACGCUACGGUGCGCCUCGCGCCCGGCAGCGGCAGCGGCAAUGACCCGGCCGUCGGCUACCUCAACUCGUGGAUGCCCGACACGCAGCUCUCGCUCAACAACUUUGCCAUGGAGGACCUCUGGCCGCGCACGUACACCGUCUCCGUCGUCAACACGGGCAAGCGGCCCGACGGCAGCGGCGGCUUCCUGAACAUGGACGGCAUCCGCUACAUCGACCGGUCCAGCACGCGCCAGUACAUCGGCGCCGAUGACUCCUCCAUCGUGACCACCGGCACGUGGACGACGGACACGAGCAUCUACGGCAACGGCAAGGCGCGCACCACGACGCAGGCCGGCGUGCAGAUGACGCUGACGUUCACGGGCACGGGCAUCUCGGUCAUCGGCGAGCGCGGCCCGGAGAGCGGCAACUACCGCAUCCUCAUCGAUGGCAACAUCAUCGUGUGGGACAUCAACAACGAGGCCAACACCAAGGCGCAGUGGACGCUCUUCCAGACGCACAGCCUGCCGCCGGGCCGCCACACGAUCACUGUGCGCUCCAACGACGACAGCAACGGCCGCCGCCUGCGCGUCACGCACUUUGUCGUGCGCGGCGGCAGCUCGGGCAACGUGAGCCCGGGCGGCAGCGUCGUGCCGGUCACGACGACGUCGACCACCUCGAGCUCGACGAGCACGAGCGCGCCCGCCACCACCACCACGAGCUCGUCCAGCACCACCACGUCGAGCACCAGCACCAGCACCUCGGCCGCGCCGACGAGCUCCUCGCCAGCCAACGCCCUCAUGUUCGAGUUCACCGACGCGUCGGGCAAGAAGACGACGGCGAACCUCGGCACGUCGGCGAACCAGUACCGCAAGCAGGCGCUCGGCAUCAACAGCAACGCCACCGUCGUGUCCGUGUCGGGCAGCACAAACGGCACGUACGAGCUGGUGCGCUCCGGCCUGACGUCGGUCAUCGGCGCCGAGGCGUACAUCUUCGGCAGCUCGAUGGGCAACUCGACGGACAAGUGCGCCGGCCUCGUCUUUGGCUACGACUCGCCGCGCGGCACGGGCUUCGAUGCGAACAGCUACGGCCCGUUCAAUGGCAAGCCCUUCAUCACCAAGGCCUACUCGCUCUCCGCGCCCGCCAACGGCCAGCAGGACGUCGGCCUCACGUGGAUCGACCCCAACGGCAGCGCCAUCCAGAUGAAGUUCAUCUGGGUCAACGACGACGGCGUGCUCGUCGCCAUCCCCGCCUCGACGCCCAUCUCGCAGUACCAGGCCAACUGCGCAUGGCAGUUUGACUCGAAGACGCCCUUCUCGUCCAACUCGGUGCGCGCGGCACGCCUGUACCUCCAGCUCUGAGCGAGCGCGCGCGUCGGUCCCUACCCUCUCUCUUCUUCCCUUCGUCUUCUACCCCUUCGCCUCUUUCUUACCCCUUUAUUCGGCGCCCUCUCUGUCACUACUAGAACCGGAAUUGCAGC